GCCCGCCCGCUUCCCUCUCCGCCGCAUUCUCCCCCCCGUCAACUAUGGUGCUUGCCCGCCUGGACGCGUCUCGAGCUCAUUGUAUCAUCGUCGCCUCCAGCCCCAUGUCCCUCUUUUAGCUGCCACACGGACGCGUUCCCUUUGUACACAUGUUUAGCGCGUCAUCGUCAUCCUGGUUGUUUAUCUGAAGAAUAUCCUUGCAGCCUCUGCGCCCGGCUCUCUUCUCCAGAUCCCCAACAACCCGCGCCCGCGCGACAACCUCCCUCGCCCACCGUACCCGGCACUAGAUGUUGAAUGCAAUCUCAACACAAUUCCACUCCGCCUCCACGUCCCUCGCCUCCACCCGCUUCCGCAGUGGAAGGUGAAAAAGGUGUCACCACUGACGACCUGGACGCCGUCUCUCCAACCCACACCCUCUGGGACGCCCCGUCGCCCACCCAGACGCUGGGUCAUUCGAGUCCUGAGCUUCCGCCGCUCCCCGCCUUACCGCCACUCGGGGGUGCGCCCCACACGCCGUCGACGCUGCUCAAGCGCCCGCUCGAAGAUAGUUCCUUUUUCACCGCAAGCUGGGGUUCGCCAUACCAGCACCCCUCGCCCGACGACAAACACAAGUCCAGCCCACAAAAAGACGGCUCGCCCUAUAGCGGCGACAGUCUUGGAGACGAUCUCGAGGAUCCACUUGGCUCGCCGAGGUUUGGUCUUGAGCACCUGAUCCCCACACGUCUGGAGGAGGAUAGCGACGAGAGGGAAGACAAGGGCGACAGCGAGCCGAAGUUCAAGUUUGACCUCUCCCACCUGCUACCCGCCCGACUCCGCUCGUCGUCGCAGAGCCCGUCCACUCCGAGCAGGUCAACCACACCCUCUUGGCUCGAUACGCUUGCGGAGAAGACGCCCAAACCUCCCUCCAUACCGAAGCCGGGACCUCUGUUCUUCCCUCGCGAACCUACCGAAAACUGGGUAAAACAAUAUUUGACGGGACAGUGGCAGUCGGAGAAGGGUAACUGGUGGAGCGAAGGAUCAACCGAGGAAGAGUCUGACGAGAGCUUGGGCGAAACCUCUCAGGCUCGGACUUUCAAGACCAAAGACAAGGACAAGAAACGCAAGAGUCGCAAGGGUCAUAAGCUUCGGGAAGAUAACCUUACACUGAAGCAACAAGAUUUUUGGGCACACUUCGGCGAGAAGAGCAAGGAGCAGAUCAGCAAGAUGCUGGCUUCGAGGUUCGCAGAGCCUGUGCCGACCUCGAGUCCGGCCCCGGUGCAAGAACCGCAGCUUCCGCUCCCGGCUGAUGUAAUAGCAGACGCAAAAAGCCCCAGUCCGCUUGACAAGGACAAGCCUCUACCCAUGCCGCCGCCUACCAAUGUCUCUAAUCAGAAGGUCCCCUCGCCGUCGAGCUCAAAUCUUCUUGCACCCCCUAAGGUUGUAGACACGGCGAAAGCGGCAAUUGCUCGCAACAAGAAGCGCGUUCUUUGGAGGGGCAGGAACAUUGUCAUUCAGAUACCUCCUGAUCCUACGCGCGGGAAAGAAGGCGGACCACCGCGUCCCCUUUCCUGGGACGAGGUUGGUGAGCGUAUCAAGGGGUUUGAGCAACAGGGUCUGAAUACUCAAGGCUUCGAUACGGGUGUGGAUGAUGAUGGACUUCCGGCGCAGGCAGUUCCACUGUUUCCAGAUCCGGCAGAGACGCAACAAGAGAUGGCCAAUAAGGACUACCAUGUGCACGUCCCGAAUAGGGCUGAGUGGGAAGCUUAUGUCAAUUUCCUGACUGAGCAGAAGCUUGCUGCUCUGGGCGUUAGUACCGGCAUGGAUGACCCAGUCGCCGAUAUGUCUCGACAGGGAUCAGCCCAGUAUCAUGGGCUUGCUCUCUCACCGCCUCCGCAAACCUCUUCAGCCGCAAGCACGGGCAUUGCUGGAUUGCCAGGCCCUUUUGCAUUACCAGCCGGCCCGUCGCCUGGAAUUCCAGGGCAUAUGACCCGGGCCUCAAUCGCCUCUCCCAUAUCACCUUUUGGAAACCCUCGUCCAACCAUGCAUCUUCACAGAGCGUCGACCUUCACCUCGGCUCCGAACUUCCCUCAACAGCAACCUACGCCACCAGGUAUGCCCGGCUGGUCUCCUCACACUUUCAUCAGCCAGAACGGGGAUAUACGUGGAGCUUCUCCUGCAUUGCCUACUAGUAGGUCUGAUCUGGUCAACAUGAUGUCUCCGAUAUCGCCUUUUGGUGCCAAGCAAGGGCAACAGCAAUUCCCCUUCCCGCAGACCACGGACGGAUUUACUCAAAUGCAUCAACAGCAACAGGCAUUACAGCAGCAACUCCUUCAGCAGCAGCAGCAACAGCUCCUUAAUGCUAGACCCAAUUCGACGCUUGCCCAACUUCCGGAGGAAGAUGUCGAGGAAGAACAACCAAGGCUCCAUACGCCACCGCGCUCAAACUCUCGCCCCAAUAUUGUUGUCCCAACUCCUCGCGGCCAUCGCCACAACAUUAGCGAGAACCUGGAAAGAGAGAUUCGCAAUGCGGAGUAUCACCUCGAGCAGGCCAUCGACCGUCAAUUGGACGAGGAUGGAGAGUUUGGCACCGGCAACAGAUUUGGCAUGCAUAGUCCGCCAAGCAAACCCACCAUGGUCAACGGACAUGACACCAUGUGGCAGAACAAUCAGAACGGCCAGAACGGCUUCCAGCAUCAGUCCAACACUAGCAACCAGUCUGCGUCGAAUUCUCAACACUAUGGUGCUCCAAGUUACCAUCAGCAUGAAGUUGAGGAUGACCAAAAGACAAACAUUUCUGACGUCGACACCAACCCUAGUAUCGAUGGGCAGAACGAUCAGGCUUCGGAACAUCACUCCUAUGGAAGCUCGCAGCUGAACAAGACUGGCACUGGAACGGCCCACUCUAGUCAAGGAUCAAAGUCAUCAGCCGGCAAAUUCAAUGUCGAAGCCAAGGAGUUCAAGUUCAACCCUGGUGCAUCCUUCACUCCUGAGACUUUCUCGUAUGGUUCAAACUUCCAAGCACAGCAACCUGCACAGCAAGAGCAGGAGCAGGCUCCACCGCGCAGCAGUAGUGGGAAGACAGUUUUCCACGCAACGGCUCCAAGCUUUGCUCCUUCAUGGAAGCUGGGAGGUCUAGGUGUUCAAAACGGGGCUGCUCCUCUACAGGUUCCUCAAACAUCUUUCAACUUCUCCGCUGAAAUGCCCGCGGCCAACUACGACGUUCCCAUGGAUCAAGAAAUCGUUGAGGUUGAGGAACAACAACCUCCCGAGACUCCAAACAAAAUUUUCAAUGGCAUCCACAUUACAGGAGAAGACAUUGUCAAACCUGCUAGGAGGUCCAAGGCGGUUCCCAUACAGCAACCUGAACACAAGCCGCAUGAGGAGGAAGAGACGUUUGAUGAAUUCGGUCGACUUGAUCAAGCCGAGUGGCGCCAGAAGAGGGCGCGCCACCGCGAUGACGAGAAUGACAACGUUCCAAAGUUUGCGACGCCUCACAUCCUACCGUCUAACGCGCCGCCACAGGCUCUCGGUCCAACAACGAGACGUGGUACUAUUUCUCACAAGAGAGCCACUAGUCCCAGGCCGAACGGCACAGAGAAUCAGCUUCCACCUCGCUCGAAACAAGGCACUCCUGCCCCCCAGCCGAUGAAGGUAGAGAUGCCGAAACAUAUCGAGAUGCCCCCUAUGCCUUCCGACGCGGAAGGCGACAGAGCUGGUCGUAAGAGACGUGUCAGUAAUAGCUCUGUGUCUGGGCCUGUGAAGCCCUUCGAUUACACUCCAAGUGCAGGCUUAGGCCUUCACGUCACCAAGCCGUCUACCGAUGCCCAUGCAGAGCCACAGAUGCAACAAGACAUGCGCCAGCUCAGUCGCAGUCCUGCAAACACGUAUCAACCCAGCGAGGGUGGUUCCUUCAUGACAGCUCUUGAGAAUGGCAAGACUGUUCCGUACCCAGAGAGUGAUGGCCCUGACUACACCUUCCAUCAGCCAACAUUCGACGAGAUUGAUGAUGUCAUGCGGACGAUGGCCGAGGGCGGCUCUGAAUGCGGUAUUGAGAAGAACCACUCGCCGGUGUGGGAGCGUACGAGUCCCCUCCGCAGACCCCGGGCUGAACUGCGCCCUACGAAUCUCAACAACGAGUACAAGCGCACUACGCCUAGUCCUGAUGAACACCGCUUGUAUGCGUCUGCUGCUAAGGGCGACGUCUCUUCGCUGCAGGAUCCGUUCAGUGACUCGCGCGCUGGUUUGGCAUACGAAUCGCCAGUCCACAACCUCAACGGACCCAAUGGUGGACAAGUCAGCGACUGGAAUGAUGUUAUAACCUCUGAUGAGGAGGGCAAGAUCAAGUCGCGCAGUCGCUUCUUCGACAAUCAUGUUGAUACGCUUAUUGACAACGUCUUACAGAGUCGUCUGGGUCCACUUGAGAGAAACAUGCACAUGAUCAAGGAUUCUAUCACUGCUCUGACGCAAGGUCAACACCAGCGUAGCCGCCAUACGCGUCUCAGCAUGUCUGCAGACGGUGAGAGCGACGCUGAUGAUGAGGACGACGACCUUGCUUCCAAUCACAGAGGACGCUCGCCUGUUAAGGACCGCAAGAUGGAGAAGAUCAAGAGUGUCAUCACUGAAGCUUUGGCCGCACACCAGCCGCCUCAACCCGUGGCAUCUGGCUCAGGACCUACACCUGCCGCAUCUCCAGGUCUCGACAUCGCUGAAUUCUACCAGGCACUCGCUGACCUCAAAAUCUCUAUUGCCCGUUCUGCGACCACUAGCCAACAUGAUGACUUCCGCGAGCUCAUGGAGGAGGCUUUAGCCCGCCAAAGUAAAGCUUUGGUGCAGCAAAACGAGGCAGCUGCCGCCCGGGAGGCCCACGCCCGUAUUAUGGAGCUGCAAGGAAAGCUUGAAGAGACAGAACAGCGCGUGGAGGCGACGCUUCAAAGCCGUAAGAUUGCGGAGAUCGAAGAGAAAGACGCUCAACGCAAGCUGGCCCUGCUUGACGAGGAACUGGCUCUUGUUCGUGCACAAGGCCGUGAUGAUGCCGCCAGAGCCCGUGCUUUGAGCGAAGAAGGCCAUGACACCCGCAUGAAGUUGAACGCCGCUGUGAGUGCUCAAGAGGAGCUCCACCGCAGACUCGUCGCUCUCGGGACGCAAAAUGAGGCGUUGGAAGCCACCCUUAACGAGUAUCGCAUGUCAAGCAAGAAAUGGCACGAUGAGAUCAGCCGUGCCAGAGUCGACAAAGAAGUCCUGACGAAGACCAUUACCACCCUGGAGGCGCGGAACCAAGAGUCUCUCCAGGUCCGCGAGCAAAUGCGUGAGAAGCUUGAGAAGCUUCAGAGGGAUAUGGUCCAUGCUACCACUCACGUUGAGGAAGAGAAGCAGUCUUGGCAGCGCAGAGAAGAGGAGGGACUCAAGCGGAAUGAGGUGCUUCGUGCCAGGCUCGAGGCCGAAGCUAGGACGCGCGAGAGAAUUGAGCGUGAGAUGGAAAGGUUGGAGAUGCAAGAGCGCGAGAUGAUGAGAAUGAAGGUCAUCUUGGACCAAACCCAGAGGGCGAAUGCGUCUAUGGAAGAGAUGGUCAACAAGCAAAGGGUCGAGAUCGUCGAAUACCAGAAGAGGUCUGCGCGCUUCGAGCGCGAGUUCCACGAGGCCAAAGAGGUCGCUCGGUCCGAAAUCAAGCGCAUGCGUGUGCUUAUGGAGGCAGACAUCGACGCUGCGAACAGCCAAGUCAACAUCGUUCGUGCCGAGCUCGAGGCCGCUAACAACAGGCUGCGGGCCGACAUUGACAACGUCAAGAUGGAGGCGGACACUGCCAAGGAAAGGCACGAGCUCUUGCUUGAGAGUGAAGCUGAUGCCAAGCAUGACGCUCUUCGCGAGGCACACGAGGGUAGAGACCGGGCUCUCAGGGAACAGCAGCACAGCUUCCAGCGGUACGAGAAGACUAUCGAGGAACUUCACCGCCAGGCCAACAGGGAUGUUGCGAAUGCUGUCGAUGACAAAACGCGCAUUGAGACUCAACUUCACGACCGUCUCGCUUUGUCCGAGGAGAAGGUUGAAUAUCUUCAAGACAAGAUUGCUCAUCUCGAGGACAAGCUGGAGGUUGCCAAAUCUGCUGCUCACGCUGCCGCCGCGGCGGCGCAGUCGGCCAAGUCGCCUGCCCCUGUCGAGCAUGUCCAGCCCAGUGCCCAGGAGAAGGUUUCGCCUCAAGCUCUCCGCGAGUCCAUUGUUGUGCUGCAGGAGCAGCUGCAGGAGCGCGAGCAACGCAUCGAGUCUCUCGAUCAACAACUUUCCGAGCUCGACACUGACGCCCCCUCCAAGCUCAAAGAGCGCGAUACCGAAAUCGGUUGGCUGCGCGAGCUCCUCGGCGUCCGUGUCGACGACAUUUCUGAGCUCAUCGAUGCUCUCGCUCAGCCCGCCUUCGACCGCGAAGCUGUGCGUGACGCUGCCAUUCGCAUCCGCACGAAUCUGCAGAUGGAGCAGCAUGAGAAGGAACGCCUCAUCUCUGGCGCUCCGCAGACGUUCCCCAGCAUCGCCAGCAUCUCUAGUUUUGCCACUCCCAAGGCGGCGCAGCUCGCUGCCGCUUUCGGCAAUUGGCGCAAGGGCAACAACAACAAUGGGGCCAGCAAGCUGGACAUGUCGCGGUCCGCAAGCAACGAUGGUGGGCAGGCGGCGGCUUAUAAGGGUAACAGCCACAUGGCGCCGGGCUUUUUGUCGGGUCUGAUGACGCCACCGGCAACCGCCAUGCGACGCACUCCCUCGCAGCAAUCGCAUCUCAGCACGCGCUCCAACCCUAACCCGCAAGGUGCAGGAGGCCGCGGAUCCUUCUCUUCGGGUCUGCUCAACGUCACUUUCCAGCGGCAGCCCGCGACGCCGCCACUCCUGCGUCGCACUGCUUACGACCAGGACCCAGAAGACGUUGACGUCGAUGCGCACGCCCAAGAGUUCCGAGCUCUCGGCCACGGACUGCGCGCUGCUGGCUUCUUUGACGAUGACGGCAGCGUGUACGGCGGCAGCACCUAUGGUGGCAGCACCUACGGGGGUAGCAAUUACGGCGGCGAUGGACGGCCGGUGUCAUCGAGAAAGGAGAGGAGAGGCAGCAGCGGCGACGGACACAUCCGUCGCACUUCGCUAACUGUCGAUGAUGAGGCGCUCCGGCCGUUUGAGCCCUUUGGCCCCAUCAUGGAGGACUGA